AUGUCUCAGCGAGCUGAUACGUCCCAGUGUGGUGGGGUUGUGGUUGAAUUAGAAUCUGACAACAUCAGAGGUUCAAGAACUCGAAGAGCAAGGAAAAUACCGGGUUCAGCUCUUAUCUACCUCAAAGGCCCCAAGUUUCUCAUCUAUGUGAGUGGAGCGUUAUCUAUGUGGGGUGACCGCAUGUGGCACUUUGCAAUCUCUGUGUUCCUCAUUGAGUUGUACGGCCGCAACCUGCUGUUGACAGCAGUGUUUGGAUUGGUGCUGGCUGGGUCAGUGCUGUUGCUUGGGGCUUUAAUUGGAGACUGGGUUGAUCGCAAUCCUAGGAAUAAAGUUGCACAUGCAUCUCUUUUCAUUCAGAACACCUCAGUGACUGUAUGUAGCAUUGUGCUCAUGCUGGUAUUCUCAUAUAAGGAACAGAUUGAGCUGAUCUGGGAUGGAUGGUUUACUGUAGUUUGUUAUACGGUGGUGAUCAUCCUGGCAGAUGUGGCAAACCUCGCAAGCACAGCGCUGACCAUUGCCAUCCAGAGGGACUGGAUAGUGGUUAUUACAGGCUACAACCGAGGCCACCUGGCUGGAAUGAAUGCCACCAUGAGGAGGAUAGAUCAGGUGACCAACAUCCUGGCCCCACUGGCAGUGGGACAGGUCAUGACCCUGGCCUCUAACGUGGUUGGCUGCGGCUUCAUCCUGGCGUGGAACCUCUUUUCUCUCAUUGUGGAGUUCUUCUUCUUGUCAAGAGUUUAUCGAAUCGUUCCAGCGCUUUCAGUCAAACCCCCGACGGUUGAGGGCGAUCAGGAGUACCUGGAGAGGUCGGAGAGGAGAGGGUUGCAAGGGCAAGGCGACGAUGAGCUUUCUGACCCUCUGGCAACGAGCAACUGCAACACAGACAUGCAUCUUAAAGAAAUCACCAACUUGCCGCUGUGUUUCCAAAGGUUUCGCUGGCUGCUGAGCACAUGUAUGGAUGGCUGGAGGGCCUAUUAUCGACAACCCGUCUUCCUGGCCGGAUUGGGUCUGGCUUUCCUCUACACUACAGUCCUGGGCUUUGACUGCAUCACCACUGGCUAUGCUUACACUCAGGGCAUAAGCGGCUCCCUCCUAAGUCUGCUGAUGGGCGUGUCGGCUAUCACAGGGUUGAUGGGCACUGUGAUGUUCACCAGGCUCAGGAAGUCGGUCGGCUUGGUUAAUACAGGAAUCAUCUCAAGCUGCCUCCACCUGGGUUGCUUGUUGCUGUGUGUGUGCUCUGUGUUUGCUCCUGGCAGCCCUAUAGAUCUCAGUCUGCUGAUGCCCUACUUUAGCUCCGGUUCCUCUGCUGAGCCUGGAGGAAUGGCAAGCAAAAGGCAAAAACACACUUAUCCUCUUUCGGGAGGGAGCAAUCAGCCGCUGCUUCCGGAUCGCUCCUCCAUACACUGGACCAACAACACCGUCCUUUUUGACAACGUCCCCUCUGGAACGGCACCGGACUCUUACAUUUCCAUUAUUCUGCUAUUCCUGGGCGUCAUCACUGCACGCAUUGGCUUGUGGUGCUUCGACCUGACUGUGACCCAGCUUCUGCAGGAGACCAUCUGUGAGUCAGAGCGAGGGGUGGUAAAUGGGGUGCAGAGCUCCAUGAAUUAUCUAAUGGACCUGCUCCACUUUAUCAUGGUGAUUUCUGCUCCACAACCUCAGCACUUUGGCAUCCUCGUUAUCAUAUCUGUAAUAUUCAUCACCACCGGGCACAGUAUGUAUUUCCUGUACGCACAUAGAGCCAAGAGAAAACACCGCCUCGAAACAUAAGAAGGAGACGCGGCUUAGACAUAAGCACUGGAUCCACUCUGCACCUGGGAAAUGAAUGCCUCCCCCCCUGAUCUGUGACUGCGACACUCUGUUCGUGACUUAGCCAUCCAUUACACUUCACACUUGAUUUCACGUGUGCAGCUGAAGGAACGACAGGAGACGAGUUCUCCGAUAUUCUCCACAUCCUAAGGUGGCUGCCACAAAUGAAGCGAUGAUGCAUCUAGGAGAAACGUCCUACACGAGGACACGACGGUGAUGACUAAGGCAUCAGAGGAUUUUGGUGCAAACUCUGCAGAGUUACAACAGCUAUAAGACUUUUGAGCAGGUCUGCAACCUUACAUGGCUUUAUAGAUGAAGGGGUGGGUGAACAGUGAGUUUUUGUUUUUUUUUUUUUCUGGCCUUCACUCAGUGAAGAGAAGAUGAGAGGAAGAGAUCAACAUGAACAAAUUAGAGGGACAACAAAACGGUUCUUUGACAAGUGGCAUCGAUGUUACUGAUCCGUCCACUUGGAAAUACUCCAGAAUGUCCAAAAAGGAACAUAAAGGGAACUGGAUGUGAGAUUGUUUGAUCAAAAAAAUAAAAAAAUAAAAAUACAAGUCAGCCUCCCCUUUUAGUGGACAAAGUGAAUGGAAAAAUAGCAUUUCCUUCACCUGGUUUGUUUCUCUGUGGAUGAAUCAAGCAAACAUUUGCCUUGUUUUUUUUUUUUUUAUAUAAUGAUAUAAAACUAGCUGAUGGAUUAAAACGCCAAAAGAAAUCUCAUCAUGCCUUGCAAUAGUACUCAUAUUCUUUUCAUAUUUUAUUAAUACUCAACAAGACACUUUUUUUUUCUGAAAACUGACCACAAAUAAGUGUAUGAUUGUAAUAUGGAAAGAACCAAAUGUAUCUUACUUUUUUCUUUUUAAAUAUGUUUUUGAAA